UUGAUGAACUUUAUCAUUAGGUGGUUUCUGAACUAUUGUUUUAUAAUAUAAAAUCUAUAUUUUGGGCGGAGUGUUCUACGCAGCUAGUCGCAGUAGAGCAGUAAUGUGAAGUGCCCCCACCCGCUCUGAUGCCUCCAACCAUGGCUCAGAUCAGCGAUCCAAAGAUUGCCUUUGCCUACCUGCGCCCGGCCUGUGUGCUGCUGACCCGAGAGCCGUCUGUGACCAAUGUGGAGACAGUGAGCGGUCAGCUAAAAGAAGUCAACGAUGCCACGUUGCAGCAGCUCCAAGAUUAUGUCCUCUUCCCUCUUCGCUUUGUCCUCAAAGUACCCGGGCCCAAGAAGGACAAACUGGUGCAGGCUGUGGCUGAAGCCAUGAGCCACAUCCUGGAGAACACUUGCGUCCAGAGCUGGAAGACGCUCCACGACCUCCUCUCAGAGCUCUGCCUCUGCCUCUGCUCUCCGACCGAUCCGGGGAAACCUGCUGACACGUCAGAGGAGCUGAAAUUGGCCGUGCUGAGGUGCUUGGAUGCCUUGCUUCAUGCUGCAUAUGGUGAUAUAGUUUUCAAACUCUUUGAACCAAUCAUGUUGCCGGGACUGGGAGCCGCCAUAUCACUGCUACUGGCUUUAGGUGAGACGGAGAAAUCCCGGGAUGUACAGGCAGCAGCGCUGAAGUGCCUCCAAGCAUUGAUUCUGCAGUGUGACUGUACUCAGGUGCAUGUAGUUCCUUCAUUAGAAGAGCGACGUGCUAUCGGCAGCACCAUGGCUUCAUUCUUACCUGGGAUCACCACGGCUGUAGCUAGGAUCAUUACCGGAGAUCUGAGACAAGGCCACGCAGUCACAGUCAAGGCCAUCAAGGUUUUGUCCAGUGCUGUGGAGCUUGUGAUGGAAGACGUCCAGCUUCAGGCCAGUGAGCCCUGCAAGACUCCCUCACCAAACCUGGGUAACAUCGCACAGCUGGUGGUCGAGCGAAAGCAAGACUGGUUAAAGAGCACGUCAGGGAAGCUUUCUGUGCUGCUGAAGAAGAUCAUCUCCUGGACCUCAGCCCACCGGCACUGGAGGGUUCGCCUGGAGAUGGUGGAGCUGGCCGACCGCCUGCUGGCCAGGUGUAGUCGGUCACUUGACGAGUGCGUGGGGCCACUGCUGGAAGCACUGGUGGGAGCAGUCAAUGACGAGGAGCCCAGAGUCAGAGAGAGGUGUAAGGUUGCUCUGAGAGAGGUAUCACAGAGGAAUCAGAGCAGCAGCAGUAGUGGGGAUGUUACCAGUGAACGCAGCAACAUUCAGACCUUCACUGACGUGCUUUCAGAGAAUCUCCACUCCCUGGCCACCUCCCUGCCCAGACUGAUGAGGACCUCUGACGACCAGAAGAAACUGUUUGUCCUCAACGUGUUUCUGGGUUACUUGAAAGUCCUGGGACCACUCGUCUCUGUGGUGCUGAACUCGGCUGCACAUCUGGAGAGGAUUUCAAAAGCCUUGAUGCAGGUGCUGGAGCUGGACGUGAUGGAUGUUUGCAUCGUAGAGGAAAGAAGUCACAGCUCCACCAUAGAAACAACUUCCACCUCCUCUGAUGGCUGCACUGCUCAAACACAGAGGAAGCAUUUCCUCUACUUCACUGAUGAGAUGAUCCUCUCUGUGCUAAUGGAGAUCUGUCGCACAUUAGGUUACUAUGGCAACAUUUACCUGCUGACUGAUCACUUUCUAGAUCUGUACUGCCAGUCGUUGGCAUACAGAAAGCAGGCCGCCAUGGUCCUGAAUGAGAUUGUCAGGGGCGCUGCAGGCCUCGGUGUGGUGACAGAGAGUCAGGGUCUGGAGGGUGAGGGUCACAGAUGCUCUGCCAACAAGGAUGACCUGAAAGCAGCAGUGAUGUCAGUCCUGGAAGAAUACACCAGUCUGAACAACUGGCACUUGAUCACUGUCAGCGAGGAGACGGAUAGAAACCGACAGGAUCAACAGGCUCCACGGGUGUUGACAGUGAUGUUGACUCACUCUGACUGCAGCCUGCUGCCUCUGGUCGGGGACAUCGUUCAGGAUGUGCUGAUGGCUCUGGAUCUCAGCUACGACCACACAAGUGCACUUUUCUGCUCGGUGCUGCACGCGCUGAUGAAGGCACUGGCGAGGUGGUUUCCUUCCAGUUGUAAUAAGACCAAAGAGUCUGCCAGAUCCCAACAGACAUCCACUGACCAGCAAGACAUCGACAUCCGACAGUUCCUGCUGGAUUACCGCAAACAGAAAGAUCUGGCAGAGGGCUUUGGAAUAGAGGAGGACGAUACUGACGACCUUGAUGUUCCUCCUCCCAUGGAGUGUGAGGACGUUGAGGAUAACGAUGGUCCCAAUGUGAAAGCAGAGCUUCCCUCCCACCUCAGCAUCACUAAAGAUGUAAUGGAACGCUGCAUUCAUCUGCUGUCCGAUCCCAGCCUCAGGCUCCGACUCAAGGUGUUGGACGUGCUAGAGCUUUGUGUGUGUGUCCUGAGUGAGAAGGAAAACGAGCUGCUGCCUAUGGCCCACCGCUGCUGGCCCGCCCUCCUCCAGAGACUGACAGCUGACGACCCGUUAGCGGUCCUCAGAGCCUUCAGGAUGCUGUGUACUCUGGGUGACAUGUGUGGGGACUUCCUGAGGAGGAGGGUUUCUAAGGAGGUUCUCCCAAAGCUGAGCUCCUCGCUGGUACGACAGGCUCCCAUCAGCGCUAAGGCCGGACCCGUCUACACACACACGAUCGCCUACAAACUGCAACUGGCUGUGCUGCAGGGCCUGGGCUCGCUGUGCCAGAGGCUGGACCUGGCUGAAGCAGACCUGGAUGCAGUGUGUGAGGCUUGUGUGCCCUACCUGAGCUGCAGACAACCCAUCCGACUGCAAGAGGCCUGUCUAAGCGUUUUCCGACACCUGAUCCAGGUGGACCCGGACACCUUCUGGUUUACUCUGAACGAGCUGCACUGCCCGUCCUCCUACACCCCGCCCCACCCCGACCUGCUGCCCAUCAAACUGAGCGGGAUGGACCGGCCCAGAGACGAGUACUCAGACAAUGUGCUGAAGCUCCUGAAGGAGGAGUACGGCUCGGAUGCCGCAACGGUCGACCAGAGAAUCAGCUAAUGAGCUGGUGAUAGAUGUGAUUGACUCAUCUCAUAGAUGGACGCCUUGUUGAACCACUGACUCCAACACGUCAGUUGACUGAAAGGAAAUCUGAUAAUCGUGCCAGAAAGAACAGCCAUCAGAUGCGGCUGUGAUAACCUCGGAGGUGAACACGGUUCUGAUGAGCAGUGCGAUAGAAAGAGAAAGUGUCAAUGAAGCAUCUCUGCAGCAGCGGCUGUAGAAAGCAGGAACACUUCUGUCAGCUUUUCUGUAUUAAGAGGCGAACAGCACUUUGACAGUUCUUAUGAUUUUUACUUCAUGUCAAGGCACUGACAUGUACUGUGGAUGCAAAUAUGUUUUCUAUUCCUUCUCAUGUUAUUUCUGGAUGUGCUGAAGAAAUGUCUUAUUCUCAGGUCCCUCGCUGAGUUGCAUUAUUCAGCCUCACGCUUCAGAGUGCACACAACUCAAAAUGUGUCUGUUGGAUUGAGAAUUAAAAAGUUGACAUCAAA